GAAACACACACACACACACACACACACACACUCACUUCGCCAUCUAACCUGCACAGACAAGGGUAAUGUCAGGACCCAGGCCUGUAGUUCUGAGUGGCCCAUCAGGAGCUGGGAAAAGUACCCUGUUGAAGAGACUCAUGAAAGAAUAUGAAGGGGUUUUUGGAUUCAGCGUCUCCCACACCACCAGAAAUCCUCGGCCAGGAGAGGAAAAUGGAAAAGGGCUGAAUUGUCUCCCAAUGCUUCUGGGGGCUACAUUACUUCCUGUAGCAGACGUCCUGUCCUCUGAGACAUCUAAAGAUUACCACUUUGUCACCAGAGAGAAGAUGCAAGAUGGAAUCGAUAAGGGUGAAUUCAUUGAGAAUGCAGAGUUUUCUGGGAACAUGUAUGGAACCAGCAAAUCAUCCAUAGAAGACGUUCAGGCACAAAAUCUCAUCUGCAUCUUGGAUGUUGACAUACAAGGAGUGAAAAACAUUAAAAAGACAGAUCUGAACCCCAUAUAUAUCUCCAUCCAACCUCCUUCAAUGGAGUUACUGGAAAAGCGUCUGAGAGACAGACAAACAGAGACCGAGGACAGUCUACAGAAGCGUCUGGAGGCAGCGAGGAUUGACAUGGAACUCAGUAAGGAACCUGGGGUUUUUGAUAUGGUAAUCAUUAAUGAUGACCUGGAAGAAGCCUAUGAGAAACUCAAAAGUGUUCUUAUUGAGGAAAUUGAGAAAGUGCAAGAUGCCAAGAAUUAGGAAAGGAUAAACAGCACUUUUGACCUUUUUGCCCGACAACACAAGACAUGAAGCCUUUUUUCCCGCCUUGUACGGUGCAAUCAUGAUGUUGGUUCUCAUGUCAGACUCUAUUCACUUAAAUGGGUAAUCAAGACGGGUGUUAUGUUCAAAAGAGUGUGAUAUAGAGCUUUUCUCUGUGGGUGAGAGAAAAUCUAUGCAUUUAUGUAAAAAAUAUCUCAAUCUCAGUUGAAGACUUAUCUCUAUUAACCCUUUCCAGCAUGUUUGCACCUUGAAUUAUGAAGGGAGAAAACUGUAACAAAAACGCAUUCAGUUAGCUAUUAUUGAUGACAAUAGCUUAUCAUCAGCAUAUUAGUUGAGAAAUUAUUGUUUUUAACAUGUAUGAUCUUUGUAGAGAACUAAGCUAUAGCCUAGGCUACAGCUCGUUUGAUUCUCAGGUAGCCAGGUUUAAAUGUAUCCACCUGAAUGGGAUGCACCUUCAUGUUGCUAAAUUUGUGUCAAAUAUAAAAUUGUCAUUUUGGGUUAGCUUAAAUAAAAUAAAAUGAAACUACA